AUGGUGUUAUUUACAAACAAACAGCAAAUUUUCUCUAUUUUUCGCUUCAUCUAUCUAUCUAUCUAUCUAUCUAUCUUGGUUUCUUUCACACUUUCACGUCUGAAAAUAUUUCAGCCAACAUAUCUAUCUUUCCAUCAAAGUAUCUAUCUAUCUAUCUAUCUAUCUAUCUAUUUACGUCUGAAAAUAUCUAUCUAUCUAUCUAUCUAUCUAUCUAUCUAUCUAUCUUGGUUUCUUUCACACCAUCUAUCUAUCAUAUCUAUCUUUCCAUCAAAGUAUCUAUCUAUCUAUCUAUCUAUCUAUCUAUCUAUCUAUCUAUCUAUCUAUCUUGGUUUCUUUCACACUUUCACGUCUGAAAAUAUUUCAGCCAACAUAUCUAUCUUUCCAUCAAAGUAUCUAUCUAUCUAUCUAUCUAUCUAUCUAUCUAUCUAUCUUGGUUUCUUUCACACUUUCACGUCUGAAAAUAUUUCAGCCAACAUAUCUAUCUUUCCAUCAAAGCAUCUAUCUAUCUAUCUAUCUAUCUAUCUAUCUAUCUAUCUAUCUAUCUUGGUUUCUUUCACACCUUCACGUAUGAAAAUAUUUCAGCCAACAUAUCUAUCUUUCCAUCAAAGCAUCUAUCUAUCUAUCUAUCUAUCUAUCUAUCUAUCUAUCUUGGUUUCUUUAUUCCACCUUCAUCUUUCCAUAUCUAAAAUAUUUCAGCCAACAUAUCUAUCUUUCCAUCAGAGAAUCUAUCUAUCUAUCUAUCUAUCUAUCUAUCUAUCUAUCUAUCUAUCUAUCUAUCUAUCUAUUUUUUCGCUUUGUUCUUAG